UAUUUUGGCGGCUGUGCGGAAAACAUGGCGGAAAAUUUGAAAGAUUGCAGCGUGCCCUGCAAGAUGUCCUGGGAUGAGCUGGAAGCCAUGUGUCGAAUGGAGAAACUCCAGUGUCAAGAGCUUGGAGUUAGCAGAGCCAACGUCAAUGAAUACGAGGUUGAAUUCCUAUGUGACUACAAGAAGACUAAGGAAGAGGAGUUGUACCUUGUAAAAUGGAAGGGCUUUCCAGAAUCAGAUAACACUUGGGAACCCAAGAGGAACCUAAAAUGUCCCAAACUGAUGAAGCAGUUCCAUCUUGACUUGGACCAGGAGCUGAGGCGCCACAAGCGACGUUGCAUCCCAAAAAAGCUAGAUAAAGAAGUUUCCUCAUUUCUGGUCCAAAAAGCCAAACUUCGCCAGAGUCUGCAGCGCUGGGAAGACCAUCUGAAUCAUACUCGCAAUCAUCCAGGGCGCAUUUUUGUCAUGAACGAAGUGGACCUAGAGGGUCCUCCGAAAAACUUUACCUAUAUCAACAACUAUAAAGUAGGUCAGGGCAUUGUGUUAGAUGAGAUGGCAGUGGGUUGUGAGUGCAAAAACUGUUUAGAGGAGCCAGUGAAUGGCUGUUGCCCUGGGGCUUCCUUCCAACGCAUGGCCUACAACGACAGAGGACAGGUCCGGAUUCGGCCUGGACAGCCAAUAUAUGAGUGCAACUCCCGCUGCAGCUGUGGGCCUGACUGUCCCAACAGAGUUGUGCAGAAUGGAAUCCAGUUCGAUCUGUGUAUCUUUAAAACGGAGAAUGGCCGGGGAUGGGGAGUCCGCACACUGCAGCACAUCAAGAGGAACACAUUUGUCAUGGAGUACAUUGGGGAGAUUAUCACCACAGACGAAGCAGAGAGAAGAGGUCAUAUAUAUGACCGCCAGGGCUCUACGUACCUCUUUGACCUGGACUAUGUCGAGGACGUGUACACAGUGGAUGCAGCUCACCUAGGAAACAUUUCUCAUUUUGUCAACCACAGCUGUAACCCUAACCUGCAGGUAUACAACGUGUUCAUUGACAACAUUGACGAGAGGCUUCCGAGAAUUGCGUUAUUUUCAACACGUGCUAUCCGAGCAGGAGAGGAGCUCACCUUUGACUACAAAAUGCAAAUUGAUCCAGUUGAUACAGAAAGCACCAAAAUGGAUUCCAGUUUCAGUCUAGCUGGGCUUCCUGGCUCUCCAAAGAAGAGGGUUCGAGUGGAGUGUCGGUGUGGAUCAGACUCAUGUCGAAAAUAUCUGUUCUGACAAGGACCUG